CAGCGUGCCAUGACCCAUAGAACGCGCAUGGAUGGGAUCUUUCCGUAGCUGCGAGAUUUGCCUGUCUUACAUGUAGGCGGGAAGGCGUUGCCGAGAAAUGUGCUCACAUGCCCCGACGCUUCACGCCUCAGCCCAGACUUGACCAUUUCUUGAGUGUCGCAACAUCUUGCGCAUUCACUGCACUUGUAUACACUGCAACACGAAACCAGCGCCUCCAGGUCGUGCAUUCAUGCUGAGGCGCCUUCAUCUUUACGCAACUGGAACCAGCGAACGCGCAACCCCACAGCGUACCGAGAAGUCUUAAGCGAUCGCCUGCCCCAGGACUAAGAGAGCAGUCUGGAACUCGGUACCUAUUCUUCGAUCCCUAAUCACCCCGCGCGACCUGAACGGAACUCGUCCUGAGCCAUCAACAGAAACCCUCUCAUCAGCUACACACACACGUCGAACUCAUCACCAUGGUUGCUCACGAGGGUCACGACAUGGCUAUGGAUUCGAUGGAUAUGGGCGGCAUGUCCAUGGGCACUUCCUCACAUGGCGGCAUGGCAAUGGCGUUCGUCACGUCAACGACCACUCCUUUAUACUCCGAGGCAUGGACCCCGACGACUGCUGGUCAAUACGCAGGGACAUGCAUCUUCCUCAUUUUCCUGUCCAUAAUCCUUCGCGCCCUCUUCACAGCAAAGACAUUCCUUGAGGUCAGGGCAGUCAAGAGCGCGCUGAAGCGACGCUAUAUCGUUGUUGCCGGCGAGAAAGCGGUUGUCGACAGCGCUGCAGACGACACCAACUCGAUGACCGGCGUUCUCACAACAAACGGUGUCCAGGAGGAUGUGCGCAUCAUUUCGGCGCCGGUCUCUCAUAUUCAGCCAUGGAGAUUCAGUAUCGACCUGCCCCGGGCACUAUUGAUGACAGUCGUGGCCGGUGUCGGAUAUCUCCUUAUGUUGGCAGUCAUGACUUACAAUGUUGGGUACUUCUUGUCUGUGCUAGCAGGUGCGUUUGUUGGCGAGCUGGCAUUUGGCAGGUUCAAUCAAGUUGCGGCGCACUGAGGUUUAGACUUGUAUUCUACCAUUCAUAUCAUUAAAAAAAGCCCUUGUAGCACUUGAAAUUCAUCUUAAUACCCCAGAUACAUGCAUUCCCAAACAAGGUUUCUCAACACUUCGUAUUCAUUCAAUCACCAGAAGCUUCCUCGCAGAACCCCGUGGGGCGCACA